AUGAAUGCCUCAACUAAACGGCUGGGGAUUAAGAAGGUGUGCAAAGACCAUCAGGCUAAAUUGGUUUGUUUACUAGAAACAAAAGUUAAGGUGGAUAAUUGUGGUGCUAUUUUUGAAAAUUUUAUUUCAGAUUGGAAGUAUGUACACAAUGGUGAGGUUGAUAAUACAAUUCGGAUUUGGUUGGGCUGGGAUCCGAGCUUUUUAAAUGUUGAAGAAAUUCAGAAAACUAAGCAGUUUAUUCAUGCCAAGGUGUCGAUUUUGGGAACUGCUGUCUCCUUCCUUUGCACCGUAGUGUAUGCUCAUAAUACGGUGGCAGGCCGGAAGGAUUUGUGGGAGGAUGUUGGAAGACUUGCUAGUGCUAUUGCCACUCCAUGGGCUGUCUUAGGGGAUUUCAAUGUGAUUCGAAAUCAUAAUGAGAAAAUUGGUGGAGACCCUGUUCGGUUUGAGGCUAUUGAUGAUUUUAACACUUUUAUUGAGGACUCUGGGCUGAUUGACUUGAAGUGGAAAGGGGAAGCAAUGACUUGGAAUAACAGGCAAAGUGGAGAUGCUAGAAUUUGCUGUAAGCUAGACAGGGUGAUGGUAAACUUGGCUUGGAUGGAUGUCUUCAGAACUUCAAAGGCUGUCUUUCACCCUCCUGGUCUCUCUGACCACUCUCCUGUAGUGGUGGCUGUGUUAUAUGAGGCUAAUUUUGGCCCUAAACCUUUCAGGUUUUUUGAAUCUUGGAUUGGCAGAGAUGGGUUUGAUGAUAUGGUUCGGAAGGGCUGGGAGCAGCCUGUUAGUUUGCAACUCAACCCCAUUCUUAGGUUUGCUGCCCAGUUAAGGAAUGUUAAAAAAGAGCUGAAAAAGUGGAAUAAAGAGUGCAUUGGAGAUGUUUUUGUUGCGGUAAAGGCUGCACAAGCUGAGUUGCACCAAUCUCAAUGCAAUCUUAGGGACCACCCUGAUGAUCCGAAUCUAGUUUCUUUGGAGACUCAAGCUAAGGUGAAAUUAUGGGAAGCCUUGGCCUUUGAAGAAAAGUUUUUGAAGGAGAAGUCUAGGGUGAAACAUAUUCAGCUGGGGGAUGGUAAUAAUAGUUUCUUUCAUAAAUCCAUGCUUUGUAGGCAGAAUAGGAGGCAUAUUCUCGAGAUUAUAGGGGAAGGAGGUGACAUUGUUAAGGAUCCUAGCCGAAUUAAAGAUGAAGCUGUCUCUUUUUACAAGAAGUUGUUUGGAUCUGAUUUGGUGGAUGGUGGUUGUUUUCCUAACUCAGUCCCCUUGCAGAAUGGCUUUUCUAAUACAAAGGAUGUGUUGUUCCAUGUUAGCAUAGAAGAAUCAAAGGGUUUAGAUUAUGAUCUCAACUUGAUGCUGGAUCUUUUUAAUGGUCCAAAGCUGACACAUUGGUACAUUAGUCUUACUCCAGAAUCUCUCUCAGUUGCUUAUGAAAUGGAGAGUACUUUUAACUAUCAAUUUUUCUCUUCAAAGAGAAAGGUCAAAGGUGUGACAAGUGACUGCAGCUUGGUGUUUCUUUUCAGUUUAGACACCAAAGAAUACAAUAAUGCAAGAUACUAUGAUGGGUGCUCCCUAGGAGCACCAAUCAACUCCAAAUCCAUCAAGGUGAUCCCUAAGGUGCCAACAGAACAGCAACACAGGUAA